AGCGGUGUCCUGGCGGACCGCACGCACGCACGCAGGCACGCACGCAGGCACGCACGCACGCACGCAGGCUCUCCCGCAGCCGGCCGGCCUGGCAGCCCACCAGGGCUCGGUGCCCACAAGGGCGAAGCGUGGCUGGCGGCUGCACACCAGGCCCGGAGCGCUUAGCAGGUGGCCGGUCGGACAAGCUGUGUCCCUGCAGCCAGAGGGUGACUGCGGGGGGCGGGGCGAAGCAGCGGUGGCGCGAGGUGACAUCCCAAGUCUUUUGACGCGCAGCGGCCCUGCAGGCGCUUCAGCUCCAGCCAUUCCUUGAGAGGGAGACCAGGUGAUGGCAGCCAUGAUCCCAUCAGUUUGGCCCCAGAAGUUGGUGACCUUUGAGGACGUGGCUGUGUAUUUCACCCAGACGGAAUGGGAUAGUCUGUCCCCUGAACAGAGGGCGCUGUACAGGGAUGUAAUGCUGGAGAAUUAUAGGAACUUGGCCUCCAUGGGAUUUCCACUUCUCAAACCAGCUUUGAUCUCACAGCUAGAGGAAGGAAAGGAUCUGGAAAACCUGUCUCAGCUGGCCACUGGAACAGACUCCCAGGGCCUCUGGACUGAAUAUACUGCUAUCCAGACUGGCAAUAAUUUGACAAAAGAAGUGUGUGAAGAAAAAAGGAGUAUAUUAUUUGAACUUCAGAAGGACUUUUUCCAGGAAACAAGCUUUUCAAAAACUUCUAUUGUAGACCAACGACAGGAAAACCAGUUAACAGGAAGUACAAAGGAGAAUAUCAGUGCCACUGAUGGAAGAGUUAAGAUAGGCUCCAUGGAAGGAUAUUUAUUUAGUCAAACUCCAAAUGUGUCCCAGAAUCACACCAACUCCACUGGAGAGCAAUGUUCUGAUACCAAACUUACUAAGAAUGAGAGAAUUACUACAGAGGGAAGACUUUUGAAACACAAAGAGUUAGCAGACACCUCUCAAGGUAGCUCUCAAGUUAAUCAGCUUCUAGAAAGCUGUACUGUGGAGAAGCCUUACCAGUGUACAGAAUGUGGCAAAGCCUUCAGUGUUAAAGCAAAAUUUGUUUGGCAUCAAAGACUUCAUAAUGGAGAGAAACCUUUCAAAUGUGUGGAGUGUGGGAAAUGCUUUAGCUAUAGUUCACACUAUAUCACACAUCAGACAAUCCACAGUGGAGAAAAGCCUUAUCAGUGUACGGUAUGUGGAAAAGCCUUCAGUGUUAAUGGGAGUCUAGUUAGACACCAGAGGAUACACACAGGAGAGAAGCCCUAUCAGUGCCAGGAAUGUGGAACUGGCUUUGGCUGUAGUUCUGCAUACAUUAUACAUCAGAGAACCCACACUGGGGAGAAACCUUACGAAUGUAGUGACUGUGGGAAAGCCUUCAAUGUUAAUGCAAAAUUAAUUCAGCAUCAGAGAAUUCAUACUGGAGAGAAACCUUAUGAGUGUGAUGUGUGUGGGAAAGGCUUCAGGUGCAGCACCCAGCUUAGGCAGCAUCAGAGUAUACACACUGGAGAAAAACCGCAUAGGUGUAGUUAUUGUGGAAAAGGCUUCACUAAAAAUGCAAAACUCAUUCAACAUCAAAGAGUCCACACGGGUGAGAAACCCUACGAAUGCAGUGAAUGUGGAAAGACCUUUAGUGCCAAAGGGAAGUUAAUCCAGCACCAGCGAAUCCACACAGGUGAGAGACCUUAUGAAUGUAAUGAAUGUGGGAAAUCUUUUCGGUGUAACUCCCAGCUUCGGCAGCAUCUGCGGAUCCACACUGGGGAGAAGCCAUAUAAGUGCAGUGAGUGUGGAAAGGCCUUCAACGUGAAUGCAAAACUAAUGCAGCACCGGAGAACUCACACCGGGGAGAAACCCUUUGAAUGUAACGAAUGUGGGAAGUGCUUUACUUCCAAAAGGAACCUACUUGAUCAUCAGCGAACCCACACUGGAGAAAAGCCAUAUCAAUGUAAGGAGUGUGGGAAAGCUUUCAGUAUCAAUGCCAAGUUAACCAGACAUCAACAAAUACAUACUAGGGAGAAACCUUUUAAAUGUAUGGAGUGCGAGAAAGCAUUCAGCUGUAGUUCUGACUAUAUCGUGCACCAGAGAAUCCACACUGGAGAGAAACCCUUUCAAUGCAGUGAGUGUGGGAAAGCCUUCCAUGUCAAUGCUCAUUUAAUUAGACACCAGAGAAGCCAUACUGGGGAAAAACCUUUCCGAUGUGUUGAGUGUGGCAAAGGCUUCAGCCUUAGUUCUGACUGUAUUAUACACCAGACUGUCCAUACUUGGAAGAAGCCCUAUGUGUGUAAUAUAUGUGGGAAAACUUUCAGGUUUAGCUUCCAACUUAGUCAGCACCAAGAUGUUCAUAGUGAAGAAAAAUCCUAAUAGAUGAACAAAACAAUAACAACAACAAACAAACAAAAUACUCCUAUGUUUAAUAGGAAAUGCAUCAUGGCUCAUCAAUUAUUACUUGGAAGAAAAACAUCAAGGGGAAUGAAUAUGGCAGUCUUCAUUGCAAACAGUUUUUUUCAGUUUUCUGUUUUUAAUCAAGAUUAGAUGAGCAGCUGGAAAGUUAUAUCUAAAAUAACUUAGUUUUAGAUCAGUAACCAGUCAGGUACUAUGAAAGAAGACAUCCUAUCCCCGGCAGCAUCAGGAAAAGUAGAUUUUCUAGGAAUAAUUAUUUUGUGGGACUAAAGAAAAUUAAGAAUUCUCCACUGAGGGAAACCAAAGUAAACAAAAGGGGUAGAGGGAAAUUAAUUUAUUUCUGCCUUUUUUUUUUUUUUUUUUUUUUUUUUUUUUACAAUAAGAGUACAUUACACUUCCUUUAAAAAAAGGGGAGGGGUAAACAUUUUAAAGAAUUAAUAGGAGUCUUUAAAAAUACCAGAUCCAGGGGCUGGAGAAAUGGCUCAGCUGUUUAGAGCACUGGCUGCUCUCGAGAGGUCCCAGUUUAAUCCCCAACCACCACAUGGUGGCUCACAACCAUCUGUAAUGAGAUCUGAUGCCCUCUUCUGGUAUGCAGGGAUACAUGCAGAGCACUCAUAAAUAAAAUAUGAAUAAAGUUAAAAAGUAUUAAAAAUAUAACAUCCAAAGUAGAGAUGAACAGUAAGGAAAAUGUUGGCGAAUUAAUAAAAAAUAAAUCCAUGUGUUUUGUUGUAAAUAAUUCCAAAAAAGUAUGAAAUGUAAAGCAUACACACAAAAAUGGAAAUACCUUUGUAAAAUGUGUGAUAUAAAGUAUAAUAUCUAGUAUUCAGAUUUUAAGAAAAGAGAACUUAAAAUCAGCAAUGACAUUAACAGGCACUACUUCAACAUCACAAGCAUCUGAAGAAGUGUUCUGCCUUAGUAGUACCCCAAGGAGGGGAAAUUCGUGAAGACAUUAUUGCAUGUCACAUUGAGUCGAUGAUAUGCAUACCCCCCAAUACUCUGCAGUCCUCAGUGAUUAUAGAUGCUGUAUUUGCUAUAGAUCCCUGCCAUACAAGUAUAAAAUAUAUUUAACAAAAUAGCAUGUUCCUAUUUUGAAGUGUCUGAACUCUACCAACAUGGCUAUGUCCUAAAGGAAUGUGUCUGCCUUGGAUUUCAACUCCUUGUGGUCUUGGGUUCCAGGAAAAUGUUGGAAUUCUCAAGAUACUCUUUGAAGUCUCUUACCCACUUUAAAAAAAUCUAAGCCUAAUAUUAAUAAGAUCACUUAAGCUGCCAAGAAGCUGAGUAACAGCAGUUGAUUCUCAAUGUUGUCAACUGUUAGUGGGUAGUAAAGGAAGUGUUUUUCUACUCAAAACACUUCUACUACCAAAUAUUUGGGUUUCCACACCAGUUCCAUUGUCUGCAGACACCAACUGGAUGCCCUCCAAUUUAUAUCAGUUUAGACAUCACUACUCAUAAUAAACAUCCUACUGGUGAAAUGGACAACACUGCCUCAGCCCCUCCUCCUAUCCGCAGACACUAGUGCUGAGUCCUAUAUUUCUGAACUGGCUACAAAUCGAAGCCCUUCUGGGCUCAGUAAUUUGCUAUAGUAACUCACAGAACCUAAAGAGACAAUUUACAGUUACCAUUAAAGAACUUCGUGAAUGUCACAUGAACAGCCAGAUGAAGAGAUACUUAGAGCGAGAUCCAUAGAGUUCCCAUGUGCAGGUGCUUUUGCUGCAUGGAGUUGGAGUACCUCAUCCUGCUGAGCCUUGUUGUUAGGGCUUCUAUGGAGAUUACAGUAUGUACCCAUGAUUGAUGAAGUCCUUGACUAUUAGUAAGUUUCCUCUUCCAGAAGUCAACAGAGGUUGCUAAAAAUUCAAACUCUCUGAGCAUAUAGUUGGCUUCUCUGACAGCGAGCCCCAGUCCUGGAGCUAGCUGAGAGCCUAGCAAUAAGUCACUUUAGCAUAAAGAGAUAACUGCAAGAGACUUAGCUUAGGAGUAACACAAGAUGCUCCUCUCAUACUAAUUGGAAAACCAAAGGUUUUAGAGGCCCUUAUGCUAGAACUGGAGAGAGACCAAACAUUCUUAUGCCACAGGCAGAAACCCAUUUACUUGGUUUACAUCUCCCUAUGUCUGGGGUUUUGGUGGUUGUCUUUAGUUCAGCAGUAAGCAGGAUGAAAUGGAACCACAGCAACACGAGAGCUAUCAAUUCUAUGAACACAGACAAAUAUUAGGCAAUGCAUUGCAAAAUGUCUUCAUUUAAAACUUGUGUAAUGGCUAGUGAGAUGGCUCAGCUGGUAAAGGUGAAGCCUGACCCGAGUUUCAAUCUCUAGAACCCAAAUGGUAGAAA